GCGCGGCGGGAGGAGGGGGCGCGCGCUUCCCGGAACAGCCCGCGCUGAGGGAAGAGAGGAAGAAAAUAAAACCCGCGGCCGGAGCCGAAGCUGGAGCUGCCGCCGCCGCCGUCUCAGCCGUCUGGAGCUCCCCCGCGCGGACGAUGCCCGCGAUGCCCGCGCGGGGCUCGGGGCGGUGAGGCCCGGGGCGCGGGGUAGCUAUGGCGACCGGGAGCGCGGCCCGCGGCGCCGCCUGACAGGUGUGGGGCCCCGGCGGCGGCGGCGGCGGCACGGAGCAGCAUGUACGCCAAGGGGGGCAAGGGCUCGGCCGUGCCCUCCGACAGCCAGGCACGAGAGAAGUUGGCGCUGUACGUGUAUGAGUACCUGCUGCACGUUGGUGCCCAGAAGUCAGCCCAGACCUUUCUGUCCGAGAUCCGAUGGGAGAAGAACAUUACGCUGGGGGAGCCCCCGGGCUUCCUGCAUUCCUGGUGGUGCGUGUUCUGGGACUUGUACUGUGCAGCGCCCGACCGCAGAGAGGCGUGCGAGCACUCGAGUGAAGCCAAGGCCUUCCAGGACUACAGCGCUGCAGCGGCCCCCAGCCCGGUGAUGGGGAGCAUGGCUCCCAAUGAUGCAAUGGCAUCAGGCCCCAUGGCAACCGGCUUCUUCCAGCCCUUCAUGUCACCGCGGUUCCCAGGGGGCCCUCGGCCCACCCUGCGGAUGCCGAGUCAGCCUCCCGUGGGCCUACCCGGUUCCCAGCCCCUCCUCCCUGGCGCCAUGGACCCCUCCCCACGUGCUCAGGGUCAUUCGAGCAUGGGCCCGAUGCAGAGGGUGACGCCUCCACGGGGCAUGACCAGCGUUGGGCCCCAGGUAAGGGCUGGGCCCAGGCGACAGGGCAGCUUCAGGGGCUGCCCUCUCUCGGCUUGCCCUCUCACGGCCCCUUUACCUUCACAGAGCUACGGAAGUGGCAUGCGGCCCCCACCCAACUCUCUUGCUGGCCCGGGUUUGCCCACCAUGAACAUGGGACCCGGAGUGCGUGGCCCAUGGGCCAGCCCCAGUGGCAACUCGAUCCCCUACUCCUCUUCCUCCCCUGGCAGCUACACGGGACCCCCAGGAGGAGGUGGGCCCCCUGGAACACCCAUCAUGCCCAGCCCUGGAGACUCCACCAACUCCAGUGAGAACAUGUACACCAUCAUGAACCCCAUCGGGCCAGGCGCCGGCAGGGCUAAUUUCCCGCUUGGCCCUGGUCCGGAGGCCCCCAUGGCCGCCAUGAGUGCGAUGGAGCCUCACCAUGUAAACGGAUCCCUGGGCUCGGGCGAUCUGGACGGGUUGCCGAAGAGCUCCCCCGGCGCCGUGGCCGGCCUGAGCAACACCCCGGGCACCCCGCGGGACGACGGCGAGAUGGCGGCCGCCGGGACCUUCCUGCACCCGUUCCCGAGCGAAAGCGUAAGCGACUGCGUCGACUCCCCCCCCGCGGCGGCGUCGGGCCGGAGGGGCCUGGCGGGCAGACCCCGGCGGGGUGGCCGGGGGGCCAGAGCAAGACCGUGACCGCGGCGGGCCAGUACUCCCCCGGGAUGACCAUGAGCGUGUGAUGGGGCCGCAGCCCCUUGCCCACUGCCGACCUCGGCUUCUGCCCAGCGCCCCUGCCCGGGGCCAAGGUCCAGGGGCUCGGGUGGUCUGCAGGGUGAGGGUCUGAGGUCACACCGCGGGCAACUGGACUCCCGGUCAAGGCUUGGAUGGCUGGGAGGCCCCGCGCGAAGGACUCAUUCAUUUUAUAAAAAAACGCAAGGACCUCAGAGACGUUCUUUCCUGUAUGGGCCCUUCCCGCCAUUUCUGUUUUGUCCAGGGGGCUCCUUGGGGGAUUUCCUUUCCCCUGGAGCGCAGGGGUGGGCCCCAACAAUAAACAUAACUCGAUUUUGGUUUUUGGCA